AUGGAAUGGAAAAGAAAGCGAGCGAAAAAAAAUUACAAAGAUGUCAGCAGCGAGGGGUCAGAUGUAUAUGGUAUCAUCGACGACAUCAACGACAUACCAAGCGACACAAGCAGCUGGGGUCGAGAGCAUUUGGUGGCUCUAAAGAUACAUUACAACAACCAACUCCGAUCUGCUGAAAUAGCGCCUCUCCAUGGGAAAUAUGAGAAGCUACUUCUAGACUCGUGGGAGAAGCCUCAUUUCGAAUAUGCAACAAACGAACAAAUAAAGGGAUUCGACAAAUCGGUCGCAUCUAUCAUCAUGAAAAUAAAAUACAUCAUCAAGUUGCACACGGGGCCGGCAAAGAAAGAAGUACGGGUAGACGGGUUCAUGAUGUCGCUUCUGACUUUUCUCGAGUUCGACGAAUACCCGUGUAUGAUGUAUCCUCAAUACAUGUAUACAGCCAAAUUCCAAGGAGACAAAACGAUACGCUGUAAGGUUGAGUUCAUCGUGACUAAUUCACAAUCUUACGUAUUGUUGAUUGUGGAAGACAAACACGAAGAUAACACUGGAUCCUUCAAUGACUGGUCCGAAAAUAAAAUAGCAGGCGAAAUGUUUGGAUGCGUCUAUCACACUGUGCAGAUGUCUGAAUACACCCGAGAGCUGAAGCUCCCGAUUGUUGUGAAUGCCAUAAGAAUCAUAGGCACGUUGUUCACAUUCUACACAACCGAAGCAUAUAAACCCUAUAUCGACGAAUGCUAUCAUCGGCUCCCAAUCAAAAACAAGAUGGAUAUUUUCAGAUAUCCUAGUGCGCCUGUUAUGUCAGAAGAUACUUUAGCACCUGUUAUUGGAUUAGAUUUUUGUUAUCCAAGCGAGCGCCGUGAGAUAUUAGGGAUAUUGAAAGCAAUACACAACAAAGCCGGUUAG